AUGAGGCUCCUUCAUGCUACAAGUCUCCAUUUUACAGAAUUCCUUCAUGAUGCUGAUCGACCGAGAUAUGUCAUCGCGUCGCACCGCUGGACGGCACAUGAAGUCACUUUUAAGGAGUUCAAGGAAGGGCGCGACAAACACCGUCCCGGCUACGAAAAGGUUACCGCCUUCGCAAAGUAUGUGAGGGAACAUGUCCCAGGUAUAGAAUGGUUGUGGAUAGACACAUGUUGUAUCAACAAAGACAGCGAUGCUGAACUUGCGUAUGCUAUCAAUUCUAUGUUCAGGUGGUAUCGUAAUGCAGAGCUCUGUAUUGCGCACCUCGCCGGCGUGUCAGCAGUCGGAAACAUCAGCGACUUCGAGCAAGACGACUGGUUCCGAAGAGGAUGGACCUUGCAAGAGCUGCUGGCCCCACGCCUUGUCGUUUUUGUGACGAAGUAUUGGAAUGUCAUUGGAAAUAAAGGAGGUUCAUCCGAUUAUCUCGACACCAUCUCUAUUGGGAGGGACCUUGGAGCAAACAUCGCGAAGAUCACAGGUGUUUCUGAGCGAGUGUUGAACGACUGGAAUUCGAGUACGACCUUAAGUAUUGGGGAAAAGAUCAAGUGGAUGGAAGGGAGGACAACUACUAGAGAGGAAGAUUUGUCGUACGCUUUAUUUGGAAUCGUCGGAAUCACACUUAGUGUCAUAUACGGCGAGGGCAAGGACAGGGCUCGACAACGCGUUCGUGCAGAAUUGCAACAGAGAGCUGAAGCCGACGCAGAUGAUUACCAGAAGAUUGUAAAAUGGCUUGCAGCUCCCGAUCCGUGGACCGAACACGACAUUGCGCGGAAAUUGCACGAGCGCCACACAGGAAACUGGUUACUGCAGUCACGUCAGUACCAAGCAUGGAAAUUGGGACAGGAUCAGCAACACAGAUACCUCUGGCUCUACGGAGGAGUCGGCUGUGGCAAGACAAUUCUCUGUUCUGUGGCAAUCGAAGAUAUGCGAACGCACUACGGAAGACAAGAUCACAUCGGACAUGCGGUCUUUUACUUUUCUUUUUCAGAAAAGCGCAAGCAGACUUAUGAGAGCCUCAUAUUGUCCUUGGUUUCGCAGCUGGGCGGAAAGGAGCCGAGCUUUUCACUCUUGAAACAGGCAUCGCAAUCAAUCCACAAGAGGCGACCUAGGCGUGAUGAACUUGAAAAGAUUCUGCACGUCGUCCUUAAGUCCUACGAUACAGUCUUCUGUCAUUUGGACGCAUUAGAUGAGUGUCCUCAAAGUAAUCAAGCACGGCAGCACGUACUAUCUGGACUGAGGGAGCUCCUACAUCAAGCACCAAACGUGCGACUACUUCUAACAAGUCAAGAUGUACCUGAUAUUCGCCAGCUUAUCGAGCAUCUUGAUACCGCAUCGGCAUCAGUGUUUAUUUCCAGCGCACUAAUCGACACUGACAUAGUGCGGUACAUCAAUUCGCAGAUGGACCAAGACUCAAAGCUUCGUCGAUUGGAUCCCGCUACUCAGAGGUCAAUCCAGCAGACGUUGAGGCAAAGAGCAGAUGGAUCGUUUAGAUGGGUGUACUGUCAGCUGCAGGCUCUGAUGGAGUCGAGUUCAACAAAGCCAAGCGCAAUAAACAGAGCUCUGCAGGACCUACCGAAAACACUUUACGACACCUAUAGACGAAUGCUGAACAAUAUCAAUUUAGCGGAUCGCUGCGAGGCGCUGACGUUGCUCCGCUGGCUCGCGUAUGCGCGAGAGCCCCUCAGCCUGGCAGAGUUGGCUGAAGCGAGUAUUGUCGAUCCAACAGACAACGCAUCUCCAGAUGGGACGGUAAAUACAGCGGAUCGUGGUGGCAUCGAAGACACUAUCAACAUUCUUACUGGUUUGGUUGUAUUCAUAGAAGAUAAUCAGCAAGAUCGUCACAUCGGAAAAUAUGAAGAUGACCAUGCAGAAUCUGGUACUUCGGACACGGUGAACGAAAGGCUCGGCAAUUCACUUCUCAAUCAGAGAUCCAGUGCAGACACCAAGAUCCGACUAGCACACUCUUCCGUGCAGAAAUAUCUGGAGUCUGCGGACAUUGCGUCAAGUAUCGUUAAACACUUUCACCUCGACCCUGCUCAAGAACACAGGUUUCUUGCACAAAGUUGUCUUGCCUAUCUCACACACUACAGUGCCUCACCUUCCAAACAAUUGUCUGAGCAAGAUUUCAUUACCUUUCCGUUGCUGGGAUAUGCAGCGCGUUCGUGGUAUCGUCACGCACGACUUCAAUCUCCCGGCGAGAAUGCAAAAAUGUUCCGGCUGAUCAAGAAUGAAACUUGGAAGCAGGACUGGCUUCGUAUCCACAAUCCUGGCCUUCUAGAGCCAAAAUCUGGUGAUGUCGGUGGGCGCAAGGAAGGCAAUUCGAUCUACCACGCAAGCCUUGCCGGUUCUUGGGAAAAGGUACAAGAUCUCUUGGCGGCGGUAGUUGACAUUGACACUCCCGGAGGAGGUCGUAGAUAUCCAAGCGUCAAUACUCUAAGUGGAGAAUUUGGCACCGCGCUGCAGGCAGCAUCCGUUGGAGGUCACCUCAGGACUGUGCAGGUAUUGCUAGCUGCGGGUGCAGAAGUUAACAUACAAGGGGGGCUUUAUAGUAAUGCGUUACAGGCGGCAUCGGCUACCGGACAAGAGCAGAUAGUCCAGAGACUGAUCGAUGCAGGAGCAGAUGUGAACACUCGCGGCAUACACAGGCACGACACUGCACUACAGGCAGCAUCAGCCAAUAAUCACGAGAAAGUGGUGCGUAUCCUUCUCGACGCAAAAGCAGAUGUCAACGCCGAGGGAGGAUCGUACGGCAAUGCCCUGCAGGCUGCAUCAGCCUUUGGCUUCGAAGAAAUAGUGCAGAUGCUUCUGAACGCAGAUGCGGACGUGAAUGCUACGGCAGCGUUCUACGGCACCGCGUUACAGAUCGCAACAAUUUUGGGGCAUCAAGGGGUCGUGCAGAAAUUGAGGCAGGCAGGAGCAUAUGAUGACGAUUCGUAG